AUGCCCGGCUUCCACGUCUACCUGCAGGCGUCCCGCCUCUCCGGGGAGUGCUCGCCCGAGGUGAGCGUGGUGGCGCCUUCCACGCCCGCGCCGGCGCCCAUCGACCUCAACGCCACACCAGUGGCCGGUGGCUUGUCAUCCGAAGGCGCGAGGAAACGCGCGCGGCAGAUGCCGGCCGACGUGCAGCCGGGCGCACACAACCUGUUCGACGGAAUGUCGGCCGCCGGCGACGAGGACUACAUGCAGAACCUGAUCUUCGAGGCUGGUGCGCCGGGCGAGACACAAAGCCAGGAUGGCCGAGGGGCGUUCACGCCGUUCCCUGGCUACGAUCAAGAUCAGGCGGCCUUCAUGCGUGAUCAGGUCGGUAUGGACCUGGACGGCUUCCCACUUGACCAUGAGUUUCCGGAGGACUACAGGCAAGAGGAAGAGGACGCGUGCGACAUCGAAGAGGUGCCUUUGUUCGAGGACGAGCUCGCCAACCAAGCCGUCGGGCCGAAGCCGAAGCGCAAGAGCAAGCGGACCAAGGCAUACACGAGGGCCGAGGACAAACUUCUUUGCGAGUGUUGGAGAGACAUUGGGCAAGACCCCAAGACGGGCGCCGAACAAAAGCAUUCAACUUUUUGGAUUCGUGCCCACCGUGAGUUUCACGAGCUCAAGAAGUUUCCGCCUUUACCAAAUAGUGAGCACGCGCGGGUGGUGUCCAUUUUGAAGCGAUGGAGGGUGAUACAACAAGAGUGCAACAAGUUUUGUGCCACUCUUAAGAGCGUCAAGGCCCGCCCCGUGAGCGGCAUCGGCAUGCAAGACAUGGCAUUUCAAGCUUUGGAGGCAUUCAAGGUCCAACACAAUGGCAGGAGCUUCAAUCUCUCCCAUUGCUUUAGGGUCAUCAAAGACGAGGAGAAGUUCAAGGCGCAAUAUGCCGCCCUCAAGUCGCGUGGGGAGAAGCAAGCUGUGGAGGAGGUUGGGGACGGCGAGAAGGCACGGCCGCGGGGGAAGACCAACUCCAAGAAGGAGGACAAGUGGGAUGCGGAGGAGGCUUGA